AUGGGGGAAGCUUCGAGAGAAAAGCAGUAUGCUCCGGCGAGCGUUCCGCUAAAGGUGAUAAUUAUAGGAGCGGGCAUUGGUGGUCUGGCUGCAGCAUUGGCUCUUGGGAAACGAGGCCACGAUGUCCACAUUAUCGAGUUUGCUCCCGACAUCCAAGAGGUUGGAGCCGGCAUCCAGUGUGCACCGAAUAUGCUUCGCAUCCUGGAUCGGCUGGGGGCAGGUGCCAAAGUUCGACGAACCGGUGUUGCUCUGGGUGCCAUCCAUAUCCUGCGUUGGCAAGGGGGAUCUCUCCUAGGCAGUGUCCCCAUCAACCAGUCCCACGGCGAGCAGUUUGUCGUUCAUCGCGCGGACCUGCAGAUGGCUUUGCUGGAGAAAGCCAUGGCCUUACCCAAUGUGAGGCUGCAGACCAACACAAAGGUCGAAAACGUCCAGUUCAGUCCGGCUGCGGUGGAACUCAACGACGGUUCCACGGUCUACGGCGACGUGGUGCUCGCGGCCGACGGCAUCAAAUCCAUGGUCCGUGCGAAGAUCCUGGGUGACGACAAGGAUGUCGCUAUACCGACCGGGGACGCCGUCUUCAGGGUCGUCCUCACCAAAGAGACCUUGAGCAACUACCCGGAACUGAUGCCGUACAUCGAAGAGAAGAAGGCAAUCCGAUGGAUCGGACCAGGGAGACACAUCAUUGCCUAUCCUGUACGGAAUCAUGAGAUAUACAAUAUGGCACUUGCUCACCCUGAUCGGGGUCGGGUCGACGAAAGCUGGACAACCGUGACAUCCAAGAAAAAUCUACUGUCGGAAUACGAAGGUUGGGAUCCAAACCUGAUCAAAAUGUUGGACCUUGUCCCCGAAGGGGAUGUUUUGGAGUGGAAACUGUGCAUGCACAUGCCUCUCCUGCGAUGGGUGAGAGGAUCGUGCGCGCUGUUGGGAGAUGCAUGCCAUCCCAUGUUACCAUACGUAGCUCAAGGCGCCGCGCAAGCCGUGGAAGACGCUGCCUCACUGGGAGUGGUCCUAUCCUCUAUAUCAUCCAAGGACGAAAUCCCCGCCGCGCUUCUAGCGUACGAGAAGGCGCAGAAAGCGCGGGCCGAGCACAUCCAACAGUCUUGCUUGACGACACGGGCUGCUCUUCAUCUGCCCGACGGCCCUGAGCAGCAAGCCCGUGAUCAGAAAUUCAAGGUGCUGUCCUCAGGGGGCUCCAACGACGACAAAUGGGGUGAUCCCGAGAUGCAGAAGUUCCUGUGGAGCUGGGAUGCGGAAGCCAAGGCAGAGGAAGCUUGGAAAGACAUGAGUCAUGAGUCGCGCACUCAGAGUCGGUUGUGA